UGGCCUUCCUCUUCCUUCUCCCUCCAGGGCGGGAGACAGCAGCCCCUGCAGGACCUGCGCCCCCAGGAAGGAGCCGGGCCCGGCCGCAGCAGACAUGGGGAGGAAGCUGGAUCUCUCCAAGCUCACGGACGAGGAGGCCAGGCAUGUCUGGGAGGUGGUGCAGCGGGACAUCGACCUCAGGAGGAAAGAGGAGGAGAGGCUGGCGGGCUUGAAGGGCCGGAUUGAGAGGGACAGUGCCCAGCGCGAGCUGCUCUCCGACGCGGCCCAGCUGCGCGAGACCCACUGCGCCCGCUGCCUGCAGCCCCUCCGGCUCCUCGGGGGCCCCAGGAGGCAGUGCCUGGACUGCCACCUCUUCGCCUGCCAGGACUGCAGCCGGGCGCGCCCCGAGCCGGAGGGCUGGCUCUGCGGCCCCUGCCACGCGGCCAGAGUCGUGAAGAUGGGCUCGCUGGAGUGGUACUACGGGCACGUGAGGGCACGCUUCAAGAGCUUCGGGAGCGCCAAGGUCAUCCGGUCCCUGUGCGGGAGGCUGCAGGGCGGAGGCUCACCCGACGGAGCGCACGGUGGCCCCGGCGACCAGGGGGGGCCCGAGCCGAGCCCUGGAGAGAGAAGCGGGGACGGCGAACAGACGGAGGAGGAUGGAGACCCGGCCGCGGCCGCCCACGCCCAGUCCCUGGGCAGCAGAGUAUGUCCAGCCGCCCUGCCCCCGCCAGGGGCGCCUCGAGUUCUGACUUCCUCAUACUCGGGUUCACUCAGGCAGCAGGGCCCAGAGGGCAGGCGGGGACCCAGGGGCAGGGAGGCACCCUUGGAAGGCAGCCUUGGUCUCCCACAAAAUCGUGGCUCAGCCCGGCCCAUCCGCCCUUCCCCGGCCCAGCAGCGGCGCCGCCUCUCCAUCCACGGCUCGGACUUCCAGGCGGACUCCGACGACGGCUCUGGGGCCUGCGGCCGCCCCCCCAGCCUGUGCACAGGCUCCGGAGCCACCGCUGGCCUGCAGGCCCCCACAGGUGUGCCCUGCACGGAGGUGGCCCCCACCCAGGGGAUCGAGGUCCCUCAGGGGCCUGCUGCCGGGGCCUCUGGAGCCCACCCUGACCCGGAAGAGCAGACGGACGGCUCCUUCCCAGCCAGACCAGACGCCCUCGCCCAGCUGCCCCUGCCCGCUGAGUCCUGUGUGACAGCCCUGGGGGUUGCCACCCCACCUGGGCCGGCCGUCGCUGCGGGUGAGCGGCUCCCCUCCCGGUGCCCGGCCGAGGUGGACAGCUCUGAUGAAGAGAGCUCCCGGGCCCGCAGGCUGCCCCCGCGCCCUUCCAAGCAGGGAGGCCCGGCACCCGAGAGCCAGCAUCCGGUCGGCAGUGAGCCCACAGACGCCGACAUAGAGGAGGUGACCCUGAGGAGGAAGCUGGAGGAGCUGACCAGCCACGUCAGUGACCAGGGGCCCACAUCCGAGGAGGAGGAGGGCCAAGAGGAAGAGGCGCGGCCGGACAGGAGCACCCCCGCGGAGGACCCCCCCGAGGGAAGUGCAGCUGCAGGCCAACCUUGCGGGCAGGGGAAGACCCCCCAGAGCCCCCAGGACCCCGUGCAGCCCGGCAGGACCACGGACGAGCAGCUGUGCGAGCUGGAGGGCAGAGUGGCCAUGACCGCCUCCGAGGUCCAGCAGGUGGAGAGCGAGGUUUCGGAUAUCGAGUCCAGGAUUGCCGCCCUGCGUGCUGCGGGGCUCACGGUGAGGCCCUCGAGCAGGCCCCGGAGGAAGUCCAACCUGCCGAUAUUUCUCCCCCGACUUGUUGGAAAACUCGGCCAGAGCCCGAAGGACCCCAGUGCAGAUGUUACACACGAGGCCCAGGUGCCGCCUGCACCCUACCUUCUGAAGAGGACGUUCAGCAGCGCCCCCAAGAGUCCAGGCACCAGUGGGGACGCGUUCCCCCGCCAGUCGCUGUACCGUGGCUCGCUGACCCAGAGGAGCCCCAGCGGGAAGAGGGGGACCAGCAGCCAGAGCUUCGCGGUAAUGCUCCUCCCGUGCCUGCACGGCUUCCACCUCUGUGGCCUGUCGGUGUGCGGUCAUGUCGGCGCUGCGUCGCAGGAGAGUUGCAAUAAAACAACUAGAGAAGUGAUCCCAGCAAAAGUAGGCACAGCAGCUGACCUCUGGGCCCACAGGCCAAGGUCAUGCCCACGAAGACUCAGUGCCCAGUGGUCACCAGCAGGGUCCAAAGCCCUUAAUCCCACAGUGCUGCACACCUGCCUCCCCUGCAGCUGGCCCCGCCUCCCCAGCAGCUGGCCCCGCCUCCCCAAAACCUGUGAUGACCCACCAGCCCUAAAAGGGGGCUCCCUGGGCCAGGACAGCGUGACAGAGCAGCCCAGCCUUCCCACCACCACCCUGCACUCCCCACCGUGCACGGCCCCACGGAUGAACAAGAAGCACCAUCCGCCCAUCACGGAAUCCCAUGCGCAGCGUCAGGCCCCAGCCGCCCUCUCCCUUCUCUGUCCGCCGCCGAGGCCCCGCCUGCCUGAGGGCACCGUGUGCAGCAGCGGAGCCUCCACACCCCCUGCUUCCGACACGGAUGGACCGUCCCCCGACACCAUGGCCCCUGGCCGCUAA